AUGUCAUACUUCAAAAGAAACGAAGGAACUAUAUUUUUCGCGUUCGCGAGCAUAGGGUUCAUAGUGUUUUAUUGCAUCAACUACUACUUCCGAAGAUGUAGAGACAGGUCUUCUUCAUCCGGGCACACCUCGGAAGCUGAGAUGAGUCCAAGGAGGCCAGCGCGACCAGGGCUUGAUGCCGAGGCCAUCGAGUCGUGUCCUUCGUUUGUUUAUAAGCAAGCAAGAGGGAUUGAGCCAGGUAUAGGUGAGUUAGAAUGUGUUGUGUGUUUGAAUGACUUCAAAGAUGAUGAGACUUUGCGUUUGGUACCACCUUGUGUACAUGUCUUUCAUGCUGACUGUGUAGACAUUUGGCUUUCUCAUAGCUCCACUUGUCCUAUCUGUCGUGCUGAUGUAGUUCCCUAUAGCUAACAUCGUCAGCUCAUCUUUUGAGUCUUGUCUUUGUGUAAUAAUAUUGGCAACGUAUUAUGUAAAAAUUAUUGGAAACGUAUGUUAAAUAUAAAAAUUAGAUUACUGAUGACUGAUGAGAAUUUUAUAA